UUGCGGCAUUUGAGUGAUAUAAGAGAGAAGAAAAAGGUAAAUAAGGAUUCUAAUUUGUGUAUUUUUGCUCUUUUCGCUAAAUGUCGCUGGUAAAGUGGGCCAGAUUCACCCGGAGAUGCUACUCCACUAGCCCUAAGUCGCACUUCCUGUUGGAAAAUCUCAAGAGCAGAGCACUAAUUCGCGUCUCCGGAGCUGAGAGUGGCGCCUUCCUGCAAGGCCUUAUCACAAACGACGUGCGGCACUUGGAGAAUGGGGCGCCCGGAAUGUUCGCCAUGGUGCUUAACAAGGCUGGGAGAGUUCUCUAUGAUACCCUCAUCUAUCACCCAACACCGGAGACAUUCUUACUAGAGUGCGACACAGAUAUUUUGCAAGAGUUGCGAAAGCAUUUGCUACUCUUUCGCGUCCGGAAGAAGAUUUCCAUUGAUUCCCUGGAGUCAGAGAUGAGUGUGUGGGCAUCAUUCAAAGCUCAAGGACAUGACGGUGAUGUUCCCGUGAGAGAGGCUCUGGAAAAUGGGAUAAUUUGCCAGGAUCCACGACUUAAAGACUUGGGAUACAGAAUUCUAGUCCCGAAAUCCACGAUUCCUGACACUUCAGGGCAAUGUGAUGUGGUGGAAGAUGAGUACAGGAGUCAUAGAUAUGGUCUGGGUGUUGGAGAGGGAAUAAUUGAGCAUCCGCCGGCCAAAUGCUUCCCACUGGAAGCCAACUGUGACUACUUGCACGGCCUCAGCGUGCACAAGGGAUGCUAUUUGGGCCAGGAAUUCACAGCCAGGACUUACCACACGGGCGUUGUGCGGAAGAGAUUGAUGCCAGUGACCAACUCCAAACAAAUUCCGGAUAAGCUGGACACGAAUGUGGAAAAUGAGGAAGGAAAGAACCUCGGGAAGCUCAGAGGAGUGGCCAAAGACAAUGCUUUAGCGCUCCUUCGCGUAGAUUCUGCCCUGGCAGCUAAGAAAAUCCUCAUUGGCGGAACAGAAGUGUUCACGAAGAAACCUUCCUGGUGGCCUCAAGAGAUGUCAAAGACUCAGUAGAUGAAGAAUUGUCUGCUCAUGGCGGAAGCGGAGAAAUCGGAGGGUGAUAGAAAACGUCCUGAAGAAAAGCCC